AUGGCUAGCCUUCUUCGUCUCGCUCUCUACUUGGGAGCUUUCCUGCCUGCUGCUCUUGCUGCUCCUACCGCGCCAAGCAAGCGUUCAGACGAGAUCCCUGGGAAAUACAUUAUCACUCUCAAGUCCUCUGCUUCUGCUGCCAAGGUUGAAUCCCACAUCCAAUGGGUUGGUGAUGUUCAUCGCCGCAGCCUUUCAAAGCGCGAAACUGCUGGUAUUGAACAUAAGUUCAACAUCAAGAACUGGAAUGCUUAUGCAGGACAGUUCGAUGAGGACACUAUCAAGGAAAUUGAGGCUAGCCCUGAGGUCGCCUUCGUCGAGCCUGACAAGAUUGUCAAGCUUAACUACGAGCAGCCCAGCGAGCUGUCCGAUAGGGCUCUCACUACCCAAUCAGGAGCUCCUUGGGGUCUUGGAACGAUUUCCCACCGCACCUCCGGCUCUACUAGCUACAUUUAUGAUACCUCUGCUGGCGAGGGCUCUUAUGCCUACGUUGUCGACAGUGGUGUUCUGAUCUCCCACUCUCAGUUUGGUGGCCGAGCUGUUGCAGGAUACAGCAUCUUUUCGGGAGCCAACACUGACACCCUUGGACACGGUACUCACGUUGCUGGUACUAUUGCUGGUUCUACCUAUGGUGUUGCUAAGAAGGCCAACAUUGUUUCCGUCAAGGUUUUCCAGGGAGCAGAGGGAACCGACUCUGGUGUUCUCGCUGGUUUCAACUGGGCUGUCAAUGAUAUCACCUCCAAGGGCCGCGCUGGCAAGGCUGUUAUCAACAUGUCUCUUGGUGGUGAGGCUUCCCAGGCCUGGACCUCUGCUAUCAACGCUGCAUACAACUCUGGUGUCCUCUCUGUUGUUGCUGCCGGCAACGGUGAUGACAACGGAAACCCUCUGCCCGUGUCUAGUCAGUCCCCUGCCAAUGCAGCCAACGCUAUCACCGUUGCUGCUAUCACCUCUGCCUGGAAACCCACUUCCUUCACCAACUACGGCGCUGGUGUCGAUAUCUUUGCUCCUGGUCAAGGUGUUCUGUCUGCGUGGAUUGGCUCCAACAGCGCUACUAACUCCAUCAGUGGAACCUCAAUGGCUUGUCCUCAUGUUGCUGGUCUUGCCCUUUACCUCAAGGUUCUCGAGGGUCUCACUACCCCCGCUUCCGUGACAAACCGUAUCAAGGCUCUUGGAACUUCUGGAAAGAUCACUGGCACCCUUUCCGGCAGCCCUAACCUGAUUGCCUACAAUGGAAACGGUGCUUAA